AUGAAGUUGAUUACUCAGCGCAGGCAGCAGCACCUCGCCGCAAUAUCUAUAGCAUUCGCUGACGUGCUGACAGAGCAAAGCGUAUGCGAGGCGGACAAAGGCGCUUGCAAGUGGGACGUGGUGAGCAAGACGUGCCAGCGUACCAGCUAUCUAACAUGGACACGUACGGAACUCUUUACGCUAUCAUACGCGGGGCUUGAGGCGGACGACUGCCCUAAUCUAGGCAAACGUAUAGCUAGGGAUGGCGUACUAAAGAUUCAGACGUGUCCGGCUGAUGAAAUGGACUGCAAGAUGACGGCGCGCCUAGUGCCUCAGCAGCGGUGCGAGCUGCGCGGGCAGGUGAUAGCUGAUACGGCCUGCAGUGAAGAGGCCGGCUCUUACCCUGAUAGGAAGAACCUCAAAUGCUGUUUAAUUGCGGCCAACGAGCCGGGCACUUGUGAAGCGCUGGCUUGGGGCCACCGGUUUUUCUGCAACCGUUGGGGGAUGAAAACGAUUGGUUCAACGCGUGAUAUCCCGGUCGAUGACUUGAGAAACCACCUAGGAAAGUAUUCUUCUGUACUGGAUUCUCUCGUUCGGCAACAUGCUCGUAGGGGCCUUUCAGAGGCGCAUUCCGAUUGGCCCGUCACACGGCCCCUUUCGACAGGACGGAUUGAUCAUGCUUGCCCAGACAGCCACUGCGGCCUUUGCACGCUGGAUCUAGUGGAAGAGGACGGCAUUAAUUUUGAGUGCGUUUGUGACGAGUUUGCAGUCUUGAUGGAACUCAAGUCAGCGCACUCUAUGUGGAGAGCUGGAAUGGUGGCUAUCGUCGCGUCAGUCUAA